GUUUCGAUAUCAAGUACCAUAUGCAAGAAGUGGAUCAAGUUAUUACAUGUGCCCGGUUGUAUUUUGAAAAUAACUCAUAAAAUGAAAACGAUUGCUCUGAUAAUUAUUUUUUGUUCGUUAUUCUUAUAUGAAAUCACUCUGAUACAAGGAGAACAAAAUAAUGAAGGCUCACUCUCAUUCACAGACAGAUUACUUGGCAGAAAAAAACAUACAGAAAGUCCGAGAAAAUCAGUCGACCAAACAGAAUACCCAUCAGAUGCAGAUGACGAGAAGAGUCCAAGAAAAUCAGUCGACCAAACAGAAUACCCAUCAGAUACAGACGACGAGAAGAGUCCAAGAGGUUCGUAUUCCUUGACAGGACAUUCGUCAGGCGAAUCAAUAUCAUCUGCAGACACAGAUCGAGACUUUAAUAUCAAAUCGACACCGAUAAAGCGUCAGAAGACCAGAAAAGAUUCCAUAAAAAAAGAUACUGAGACUGGCCAACGGGACCCGAAUGUAUUCCAAAGAAUACGAGUACCAAUAGGAGGACCUUAUUGUUACCCUGAAAUAUUAGAUAUUGAUGUCAACGAGGAUGGAUUCAAGCGACGAAGAACCAGGUACACUUAUAGCCCACAAUUACCGAUUGAAAGUUCAGAGGGAAAUAUUAUCGAGUUUCCAAGCAGAGUAAGAGCAGGAGACUGGCCAUAUGAACCAGACCAAGAUAAAAGAAAGAAGGAAAUACGUAAAUAUAUAAAGCUGAAUAUAUCACCAGAAAGAAACGAGGAAGAUUACAGAUUUACUGGUAGAGCUGCUGAAAGAGCUUUCAUCAGUCGAUAUUAUGGAUUCAUCAAUCCUUCCAAAAAUGAAAUUGUUGAUGCCUUGAUCAAUGUAUAUAGAAGACAGUCAGAAAGAAAGCAACUACAAAGCAUUAAGCACAGGACCGGAUCCAUUGGCUGAAGAACCUGAAUUCAACUUAUGGAGUGAUAAAGAGAAAUCAAAAUUCUGCGAACUCUACGUCAAUUCUAGCAUUAUGCUAUACGAUGAGAAAAUAGAUUUUGAUCCAUCAUAUCCAGAACGAAUUAUCAGAAAACUGGCAAAAGUGAAAUACAACCAUCCUUAUCUGGAAAAAUUCAAAGAUACUGAUGAAGUUGUCAUAUGCCCUUGCAUCGAUAUCUCCUCGGACACUCCAAUUGACCUGGGUGUUUCACCAAUACGAUACAAAUACGAACAAGAGUUUCUUUACGCAUUUAUAUACGACAUCUUGGAAAAUUCAAAUGAUGAAGACGUAUGCACUGUGAAUGUGAAAGCGUUGACGAAAGUUGACUUCCGAGGAAUGAAGAAAAAAAGGGAAUUGAGAGAUAAAGAACAAAAAUAUAAACGAAAACAGAUGGACAAGCUCAGAAAACGGAAACAAGAAAAAGAAGACGAAGAAGCGAAACAGGAUGACACAGAUAGUGACAAUGAAGAAGCCCAGAAUCCAGAUCUACUCAAAAAAUUAUUAAGUCUUGUUUCCUUCAGAGGCAAGGAAUAAAUCCAAAAUUGAAACUUCAUACUUAUUCUCACAAUAAGUAGGUAAGUACCUAUUAACUAUGUAUUCGAAAAUUAUUUUUUUCCAAUGAUGUGUAAUCUUUUCAUUCAUUUUAUUCAAAUCAGAGUGUAGAGCUAGUAGCUGUGAAUACCAAAAUAUU